AUGCCGGGCCGGGGGGAGCCGUCGGGGGGCCGGGCGGUGGCGGCGGUGCCGGUUCCCGUUGCGGUCCCCGUAGCGGCGGCCCCGGGCCCGGCGGCGGUGCGCAGCGCCCUCCCCGAGCGGGCGGCGCGGCCGGGCCAAGGGGGGCUGCGGGCCAAGGGCUUCGCCAUCACCGACCUGCUGGGGCUGGAGGCCGAGCUGCAGCCGCCCCCCGGGGCCGCCCCCGGGCCCGCCGGAGGCUACGAGGGCGGCGGGGCGCUGGGCUUGGGGCUGGGGUUGCUGUGUGGCUUGGCCGGGCCCGGAGCCCCCUGCUUGCUGCCCGCCCCCCUGCCGCUGCUCCCGGCCCGCGGACCCCGACCGGGUCCCCCCGGGCCGCCGCCGGCCCCCCGUCGCUACAAGGAGAGCGUGUCCGAUGAGGACAGCCUGUCCGGGGAUGCCAGCGACCUGAAGAUGCCAGCCUCGCAGAUCAAGAGGAAGAAACGGCGGCACAGGACGGUGUUCACAGCCCACCAGCUGGAGGAGCUGGAAAAGGCUUUCAACGAAGCUCACUACCCCGACGUCUAUGCCAGGGAGAUGCUGGCGGUGAAGACGGAGCUGCCGGAGGAUAGGAUACAGGUUUGGUUUCAGAACCGAAGAGCCAAGUGGCGGAAGCGGGAGAAGUGCUGGGGCCGGAGCAGCGUGAUGGCCGAGUACGGCCUCUACGGCGCCAUGGUGCGGCACUCCAUCCCUCUGCCCGAGUCCAUCAUCAACUCCGCCAAGAGCGGGCUGGUGGGGUCCUGCGCCCCCUGGCUGCUGGGCAUGCACAAAAAGUCGAUGGAGGUGAGCAGGAAGGCGGAGAGCCAAGAGAAGCUGGCAGAUGGCUGGCGAGCGGAUCCGGAUGAGGAGGAACUCCAAGGGAAGCAGGCCAGUUCCCAGAGGAGCUCUGACAAACUUAGCCCGGCAAAAAAUCCUGAGGACACAGCCAUUGACCUCUCCAGGACGGCCAAGCAUGAGAAGAGGAGCAUAGUGAGGCAGUGCAUCAACGGGGACCCUGCCGCGGAGCAGAAGGACAGGGACCACUGA